AUGAACGAGACACAACAGACCACAAGAACUUCGUCCCUCAUGGGCGUCGAUCCGCUCUUUGGCCCUGGUACCGUGGCAGCAUGGUAUCUGACGCUCCUGACCUGUGUCUUGCCGUGGAUGUUCGAUGCAGCAGGGCGAAAGCGCGGCACAAUCGAAGCUGAUCUUGCCGUCUCGUUGAUAUUUCCUGUUGUAGCAGUCGCGAAUCUUCUGUCACAAAUUGUUCAUCUCGACCCAGACGAUGCGGAUACGACUUAUGCCAUCGACGCGCCACUGGUCAUCGUCAAGGCAUUCGUGCCCAUUGCCGGCUACAUGUGCCUGCUGAACUUGGAUUCCGGAAUCAACCGGAGAGUCUUGCUCGUAGGUGUCGUCGGGCUACUCUGUAACGGCGGCGAGACCUACGCAUAUAGCUCCGGAUUCCGUCACGAAGAUCACUCUGCCGACGUUGUCCGCCGCGUUGUCUUGGGUCCAUGGGGGAUUUUGUCGAUGCUCGCUUUGUUGUGGGGCAACGCAACGGUACUCGAAUUCAGCUGGCAGGUCUUCAGGGCCAUGUUUUCGAGGCUAACGACCAGGUAUUUCAGUCGGCCCGAGGCGGUCCACUCAUUGUCGGGGCCAUACACAUGGCCGUGGCCAUUGCCGUGCCGAUACACAUUGCUGUGCCCAUACACAUCGCUGUGGACAUGCUUGUUGCUACUCCGAAGCAUACAGGCUUUCGGUAUCGAGGAUCCGGAGUCACACAUGCUAUUAACGAUCGCAUGGAUGAGUCAGCACCUCUGCUUCACGUUCAGCACUGUAGCACUUAUGGCGGUUCUCGAGAAUGCCAUUGGCAGGUCAGCGGAGAACGGAUUUCGCCUACUACUGGAACAUCUAUUUCCGAAAUCACCAGCCUCUUUAACAGACCUCGACCAACUGGCCGCCUUAUUGGGGGGCGUCGUCAUGUUGUCAGUUCGCGUCUACGAUGCCACUGGCCCCUAUCGCAAAAAGUGGAGCAAGGCGAAGCGACGUCAACGCGAGUUACGAGAGCAGGAGAACAUCAGACUUGGUAACAUUAUUGCACCUAGGAUCGACAGAGAUGUCGAGCGAAACUGA